AUGAGUGAGAACAGUGUGACAGCCACAGCGCAGUCCGUCCCUCAGAAGUUCUCUCGAUACCGUAGCAUGCGAGGUGUGACAACCGGCGACGUCGAAAUGGCCGCACCACCUGCGCCUGCGAAUACCGUCGGCGAGCAGAAUCCCUCGAUCGCGAGGAGCAGGUCUCGAUAUCGUCGCAAUCGACCACCGUCAAAUGGAAAUAUCGUACCUCCUACUCCGGCGAUCCCGGGCCACGCGCGGACUCAGCGGGAGGAGCAGCGGAGUGAACUACGAGAAAGAGAACGGGCCACGACCAGUCGCCCUUUGGCGACGCAAAAUGAAGAGGAAUCGCGCAUACAUGAGGUGCACCGACAAGGUGCGAUGGAACAAUUGACUGGAGGGGAUAACUCAGCGCAACACGUUCGGCGGCCUCAGCUGUCCGCCCCGCAAAAACAGGUCGCGCAACAACCCCGAUCGCAACCUGCCCUGGCGCAUCCCCCGCGCAGUGCCCAUUCGGCAAACGAUGGGAAUCGCAAGUCUUUCUUUCAGAAGGUCAAACUUUCAAGAUCCAAGGACCACGUCAAGAAAAAUGAGCCCCUCCCGAAAUAUAUUGGCGUGGGCGGAACCGGAGUGGUUCCAGGAGUUGAUGCUCCUGUCAGCGCUGUCAACGCCGGAGAGCGCCAUGCGCUUGUCAAAUAUGGAGAUGCUACUGCGGAUCUCACUGUCACCCCGUCAACUCAAGUCCGGGAUAUACUGCUAGAUGCUACUAAGCACUUAUCUCGGGACAUUGAUGCGGAUAAAUUCAUUCUUAUGGAGUCUUUCUCUCAAGUUGGUCUAGAGCGUCCCCUCCGCCGCUACGAGCAUGUCCGGGAAGUCAUGAAUUCUUGGUCACACGAUGGGGAUAACCAGUUCAUUGUUAUUCCCCCUUCCAGCGUGGAAGCCCUAACUCAGCUCGAUGCUGGGCAUGCCCCCAGCGGGCAACCAUCCCCAGUGACUGUCCAUAUUUACCAUUCUCAGCGUCGUCGCAAGUGGGAUAAGCGAUAUGUCACCUUGCGUGCUGAUGGACAAGUGACAAUCGCAAAAAAAGAGGAUGCCAAAGAGCAGACCAAUAUCUGCCAUAUAUCCGACUAUGACAUCUACUUUCCCAGCGCUCGAGCUCUAAACAAGGAUAUCAAACCGCCUAAGAAGCUAUGCUUCGCAAUUAAGAGCCAACAGAAAUCUUCCAUGUUUCUGUCCACCGAAAACUUUUUGCACUUUUUCUCGACCAGCGACAAGUCUAUUGCAGAUACAUGGUACCGGGCAGUACAAAAGUGGAGAAGCUGGUAUCUUGUCAAUAAGAAAGGAGCAGGCCAGAAACCAGAGACCGAAACACUCGUGAAGCGCGCUGGCACGCAGAAAUCGACUCGUCAGCCGAGAAGUGUGCACAACGAAACCCCACUGCUUCAACGGGAGACUUCGACCGAAUCCCCGAAGCGUGAAAGCUCUGAUCAACGGAGGCCGACAAGCUCUAAAGACGUGUUUGCCCGGAAGAAGACCCUUCGUGGACACGUGCCCCCUCCAUCUUCAUAUCCCCAGACCCUGACGCUCGACACCGAUCUGGAAGGACCUUUCACCGACAACCAGGCAUUGAGCUCGGGCAUUUCGCCCGAAGAAGUAGAAAAUUCUACUUUUGCACCAUCCGGACUCCUAGGCCGAACUUACACUCAGCGACAAACUGCUAUGCGGGAACGGGAUGAUCGCGAUAAGAGAGCUAAGCAGGAAGCCUUUUCAGGCAAUGGCCUUUUGAGCGGAGGAUCCAUACACACCCCCGGCCACGACUCAAAUCCCAACAGCCGGACCAACACAAUGACUCGUGCUCCUGAUUCAUCCGCUUUCACUCGAACCCCAUCUCUCAACCAGAAGCCUCUGGUCGAUCUCACCCCAGUCUAUGCGGAGCCACCGCAGCAUAGCCGCAAGGGCAAGGGUCGCGGCGUCAAAGUCCAACCAGGCAUGCAACUGAUCGACGGUGCCACUGGUCCAGAUCAGACCCCGGGAGGAAUCGCCAUCCCACCCGCGACUUCGUGGCGACGGCCGGCCGCAGACACCACCCCUCAGCGGCGAAACACCACCCGCAGCGUGCGCCAUCAUUCUAACAAAUAUGCGGGCCCAAUUUCUGCUGAAGGAAGCCCGGCACUCCCCGAUACGCAGUUCACCGCCAACAGCCUGCUGGCACAUUCAGCCAGCACGGCUAGUCAUCGAAAUCCGCGCAGCGGACAUGGCGUCGCAACGGGUGACCGCACUGCCACACGGCCGUUGUUGGAUAUGUCUCCGGAGAACCCCUUUGCAGAUGGAAGUCUGCUCCGGCAGCUAUAG